AUGAUGGCGGUGUGCAAGAGUGCAAAUAAUAAGAUUGUUCCUGUAGUAUUUGUCUUGGUAGAUGAGGAGAUUUUUUCCAGUUGGAAGUGGUUCCUGAAAUGUUUGAAGGAGUUUGUUAUCCAAAACAGGAAGACAUGCAUUAUCUCUAAUCGGCACUUGGGUAUCCUUUCUGCUAUAGACAUGAUGCUCGAACAAUUUCCUAAUAUGGGCAUGCACCGAUUCUGCUUAGAGCACAUCAAGGCUAACAUUGCAGGGAAAUUUCCUGGGCAGAAGUUGAGAUCCCUUUAUCAGAGAGUUGGCUUCACACUGAACGCGACAAAGUGCGUAAAGGCAUGGGAGAAGCUGGCCAAUAAAAGUCCAGCAACUGCACAGUGCCUUGAUAGUAUCGGAGCAAAUAAGUGGACCAUACUUGGAGAUGGUGGCAAUCGUUGGGUUGUAGUGACCACGAAUGCCUCGGAGAGUUACAACAACGCCUUGAAAGGUGCUCGCCUCUUGCCAAUCAUAGCUCUGAUUAAAUCCUCAUUGUUGAAGACAGUCAAACUGUUUAAUGACAAUUAUGAAAAAAUUGAGAAAUGUCAGACUAUACUCACCCCACACUACAUGGCUAAAUAUAACAAAUGGAUGUUGUGUGGUAUGCGUCACAAAGUUACCGUUUUUAGUAAACACAGCCAGCUGUACGAAGUUGUUACAGGACCACAUGACAAUAGGCCAUGGAAGGGACGCAAGACCCAAGAAGUUCAGUUUGGUGCAGGUAUAUGCACAUGUUUGAAGUGGCAGACAUAA